UUUCAUAACAUAGUGCCUGCUGCGCCAAAACUCAAAAUUUUGUUUAUUUUUUAUAUUUAUGACGAAUCCUGGUACCUAUCAAUUCAAUUUUAACACAAAAACUUAGGCCAUAUCUUCCAGUGGACUCAAUAUGGAAGAAUCCAAGCCGCCCAAGGGGUUUGCCGCCCGCGAAUGUUGCAAGUUCCACUGGAAGGGAAAGCUAACCGUGAUCAUACCGAUCGUUACAUCUCCGAUCCUUGUGCUGGGAAUUCGGGACGACAGGAGUGAGCUCAAAUGCUUGUACCUGAUUGCUACCAUGGCUCUCCUGUGGAUCACUGAGGCCAUUCCCAUCUAUGUUACUUCAUUGCUACCUGUUCCAUACCUCCCCAUGUUUGGUCUUGUUCCCCCUGAAGUGGUGUGCGCCAAGUACUUCUCCGACACAGUUGUCAUGUUUCUAGGUGGUCUAAUUGUGGCCCUGGCAAUCGAGUAUUGUAACCUUCAUAGUCGCAUCGCCCUGCGAGUAAUUCGAAUUGUAGGCGGAAGUCCGAGGCGCUUGCUGGCGGGUAUUUUGCUAGUCACUGUUUUUGCAGGCCUGUGGAUUUCAAACUCGGCAGGCACGGCCAUGAUGUGUCCCAUAGUCAAGGCCGUAAUGAAUGAAAUGGACGUGAAUGAUGUAUUUCCGGUUUAUAUGACACAGGAGGAAGAACCCAUGCCGGAGGGCGAGGGUCCACAUCUAAGCAGCUUGGCAAUGAUCUUCUAUAUAGGUGUAGCCUAUUGUUCGGCGAUUGGCGGUGUUGGAACUCUGAUUGGCACUGGCACGAAUCUUGUUUUUAGAGGCAUUUACAAUCAGCGCUUUCCCCAAGCCGACGUCGAGAUCACAUUUACCAACUUUAUGCUAUACUCGCUUCCCUUAGUGUGCAUCGUAAAUGCUGUACUUGUCUACUUUAGCUUUCUGAUCACACAUAUGGGUCUGUUUCGACCCAAUAGCAAAACGGGACAGGCCGUAAAGAAAGCCAAUGAGAACAGGAAAUUAGUGGAAGAGGUCAUGCGGCAGCGUCAUGUAGCUUUGGGACCCAUGUCCUGUCACGAGAUCCAGGUAGCCAUUAUAUUCGUUGUGAUGAUCGUUCUUCUCAUUACCCGCAGGCCCGGGUUCUUUCAAGGUUGGGAUACGUUAGUCAAUGCAAAGCAAGUGAGGGGCUCCGCAGCAGUAAUUUUAAUUAUACUGCUGCUUUUUGCCUUACCCACUCAAUAUGUGUUCUUUAAGUACUGUUGUGGCAAAGCACCAUUUCCAGCCCAGCGGUUAGAUUCCUUACUUGCUUGGCGAUUCGUACAUGAAAAUGUACCUUGGGGUCUCUGCUUUUUAUUGGGUGGAGGAUUCGCAUUGGCUGAGGCAAGUCAGAAGUCUGGGGUGAAUAAAAUGGUAGCCGAGUCGUUGAAAGUUUUUAGCCCACUGCCGGCGUUUGCAAUACAGAUGAUCAUGAUAGUUUUAGCCAUGUCGUUCUCCGCUGUUAACUCGAAUGUGGUCGUUGCGAACAUUUUAGUACCGAUCUUAUGUGAAAUGGCUAUCGUGGUAAGAAUCCAUCCUUUAUACCUCACACUGCCCUGUACCGUGGCCAUCAGUAUGUGUUACUUUUUGCCAGUGAGCACACCCCCCAAUGCCAUGGUUACUCAAUAUGCAAAUAUCAAGACCAAGUAUCUGGCCUUGUCGGGUAUAGUGCCCAGCAUUAUUGGAUAUGCUAUAAUCAUACUUAACUCAAACACAUAUGGGAAGUUAAUCUUUAAGGACCUCACGGAAUAUCCAGCAUGGGCUGAUGCAUCAUAUAAUACGAGUAAUUCGGGCUGAGAUUUGUUGUGGCUCACUCUGAUGUUAUCUUGGAGUCCUGCUGACUAAGGGGAGUUAUUAUAUGACCACCAAAUCAUUAAAUAUUUAUUUUGAAAACUGAAGUGUCGUGUGACAAGUGACGAAAAGAAAUUGAAUAAAUGUAACACUUUUUGUUUUCCAUAUAUCGUU